AUGGACCAGCCUCGCGAAGGCCCCAGUCCGAAAGCGGCCGAUCGCCCACACCCGCCUCACGACGCUUCAACACCAGGCCCCUCUGGCCACCAUGUUGGCCCCAGCCGCGAUGCGCCCACUUCCUCUGAAGCAGACCCUAAACCAGAGCCUCAUGCAGACCAGGCGCCCGUCGACUCGGGCGUCGACGCGGGCUCCGCGAGCGAGUACGACCAGGAGAACAGCGGGGAUCACCUGCUAGAGGCGCACAAUCACACUGACGACGACAACUUCAGUGACGAAGGGUACGAUGGCUCCGACGCCUCUUCCUUCCUCUCCUCCAUCUUGUCCGAGGUGCGUCGCGGCGUCGAGAUAGAGGGCCGCCAAUAUGCAAGCUACGGGAAGCACGACUACGGCAUGCCCAUGGACGACAAAGAGUUGGACCGCCAGGACCUGCAACACCACAAGUACAACCUGCUACUAAACGACAAGCUGCAUGUAACGCCCAUACCAGAAGAACGCCUACAAGAGAGCGGCAGCCGCGUUCUCGACCUAGGGACGGGCACAGGCAUUUGGGCUAUGGACAUGGCCGACAAAUAUCCAAACGCUGAGAUCAUCGGCGUAGACAUCGCGCCUACACAGCCCAACUUCGUCCCGCCAAACUGCAUCUUCGAGAUUGAUGAUGUAGAGGAGGACUGGCCGUACCGCCCCGCGCACUUCGACUUUAUACAUGGCCGCGACCUCAUGACCGCCGUGCGCGACUGGCCUAAACUGAUUUCCCAGGCUUACACACACCUCAAGCCCGGCGGCUGGAUCCAGCUCGCCAGCACCAUCCCCGGCGCCCUCACUGACGACGACACCAUCCCCCCGAACAGUGGCUAUGUCGAGUCCGGUCGUCUGUACUUCGAAAUGGCCGAGAAGAUGGGUGCCCCGCUCGAUGCGCCGCGCCAGUGGUCCACUCAGAUGCAGGACGCCGGUUUCACCAACGUGAAAGACGUCGUGUACAAGCUUCCCAUGGGCGCGUGGCCGCGGUCCAAGCGGCUACGCACGGUCGGAAAGCUGGAGCAGGUUAUGAUUCUUGACGGCGGGUUUGAAGCAUAUAUGCUGAGGGGCUAUACGCAGAUUUUGGGAGGUCGGGUGGAGGAUUUGCAGAUUGUCUUGGCACUCGCGAGGAGAGAGAUCAAGGAUCCGAAUGUGCAUACUUAUGUGCAGUUUCAUGUUACGUAUGGUAUGAAGCCAGCGUAG